AUCGAGACCCAGGGCUGUACCCUCUUGUUUCGUCAGCGAUCUACGCCUCUACAAAAAGGAUUCAAAGCAUAGAAGAGAUCCAAAUCCUUGAAUUCUGAAAGCAAAUCACCAUCGAAAUCCAUCAAAUAUGCAUACUCCAAAGCAAUCGCAAAUCCAAAUCUUGAUCCAGUCCCCUGAUCUUCCAAUUGCGACCCGUGCCCUAACCCUAAACCCUAACUCCACCCUUCGUAACCUCAAGCUUUCUCUCCUUCCGCCCCAAACCCUAGACUCAUUCUUCUUCACCCUCCAUGGAAAAGCGCUCCAUGAUUCGUCCACCCUCCAAAAGUCCGGUAUAAACCCUCUGUCUACCCUUGUCUUACGGUUUCGUCUCCCAGGCGGUGGCGGAGAUGGAGGUGCCACCGGUGCCGAGUCGCGUGAUUGUUAUCUCAACAUGUAUGCUGUUAAGAAGCCGGAUAAGGUUGACCCGAAUGAGCAGAGGCUGUCCAAGUGGACGACCUGCUCGUUGUCGUUUGAACCCUUGAGGCAUCCCUGUGUGGUGGAUAGGUUGGGGAAUGUGUUCAACAAGGAAGCCCUUGUGGAGGGUUUGUUGGGGAAGAAAUUACCUAAGGCGUUUGGCCAUAUAAGAGGUUUGAAGGAUAUGGUGCCAAUUGAGUUAUCGGUAAUUCCGGGUUUGGAAUCUGAUAAUGGUGGUGUAAGUGCUGGGGCGCGGUAUCAGUGCCCGAUUACUGGUUUGGAGUUUAAUGGGAAGUAUAGGUUCUUUGCGCUGAAGACUUGUGGGCAUGUGUUGAGUGCCAAGGCUUUGAAGGAGGUUAAGUCCUCGGCCUGCCUUGUUUGUCACGAGGGAUUCAAGGAGGAAGAUAAGAUCCCCAUUAAUGGAAGCGAAGAAGAGGUGGCCGCGUUGAGAGAGAGGAUGGAAGAGGAAAGGGCAAAAUUGAGGGAGAAGAAGGCAAAGAAGGUGAAGAAUGGAGAAGUGGGGGUAAAUGGGGACGAGGAUGUUAAUUUGGAUUCAAGGUUGAGUGGGAAAAAGCAUGGUAUUGAUGCUAAGGCAGUGGGGAGAGUUGAUGCUAAAAUGGAAAAGAAUGGGAAAGCUGUGAAUGGUGGGGUUGUUGUUAAGGGCGAGAUUAGUGGUGUGAAACGGCUCAAAUCUGCUCAGGUCCCACCCAAUGCUACCAAGGAAGUUUAUGCAUCCAUCUUCACCUCUUCGAGGAAGUCAGAAUUUAAAGAAACGUAUAUGUGCAGAUCUCUCCCUCUUGGUAGGAACUAGAAUUUGAGUUGCUGGCUUAACAAGGAGAGUGAUAUCAGGGCUUCUUUCAAAGCUGAUUUGGAUUAUCAUGAGAUUGUGCCUUCUUUGAGAGGUGACCAUGUAACAUUUUCUUGAUUUCUAUUGUAAUAUCAGACUAAUCAUUAUUAAGAGUAUAAAUUGAAAUGUCAAAAUUGUUUGUGCCUAC